AUGGCUGUUACAGAUAACAAUCUUGCGAAAGUCGCGAGCAGGAAGACCAGAAGAAGCAAGAAGAGAAGAACUGCCGAAGUUUCGGAUUCCGACUCGUCCUCAUCUUCCUCAUCGUCUGACGCUGAGUCUGAGAAGGAAAAUAAUGAAGGAAGCGCUAUUAAUGGCGCCAGCGAGUCGCAACCUAUGGAAGAGCACUCGGAUUUGGAAAUUUCAGAGGAAGGGGUAAUGGAGGACAUUAAACUCGACGACGACGAAACCCUAGGAGAUGCUACCCGGCAGAUACUAAAUGAUAUUCCACUUACUAGCACUGAACUGUCCGAGAAUCCUCGCAAGAAUAUCAACAAUAUAGACCUCUCUCAAAUACAGCAAACGCUGCAGGAAGCUCAAAACAAGGUAUCAAGCACAAAGGACGAAGGACAACUGAAGAACUCGUAUUUAAGUGUUGUUUUCAAACACUACGGAGAAGAUGUUAAUUCGUUAAGAGAAGCACCAGACUUCACACCCAAGUCGCUCGUGUUACUGGCAAAUGUUUUGAAAGAUGGCGGUCAUAUGUUUGAUAUAGACACUUUGAGAACCGUAGUGGAGUCCGAACUUUAA